AUCAAAACAGCAAGAAACAUAAAAAACCAAACUGCAAAAAACCAAUACAUAAAGAACUGCCUCGAAUGAAGAUACCAAAACUUCCAAAACAAUACAUCCAAAAUGAUAAAAAGUAUACUCAAAAAACAUACAGACCU